AACAAAAGAGAAAACAAAAAUGAUAGAAGGAUCUAAAGUUAUCGUCUUGCCUUUCCCUGGACAAGGCCACCUAACUCCAAUGUCCCAGUUCUGCAAACGCUUAGCCUCAAAGGGUCUUAAGUCCACUCUUGUCCUCGUCCCCGACAAACCCUCUCCGCCUUACAAAACAGAGCAUGACGACUCAAUUACUGUCUUCCCUAUCCCCAAUGGCUUCCAAGAAGGUGACGAUCCGUUACAAGACCUAGACGAUUACAUGGACAGAGUACAAAGCAGCAUCAAAAACCGCUUACCUGAAUUGAUACAGGACAUGAAACUGUCUGGAAAUCCUCCUAGGGUUCUCGUGUACGACUCCUCCAUGCCUUGGCUUCUUGAUGUAGCUCAUGAUAAUGGUUUGAGAGGUGCCGCGUUCUUCACGCAACCGUGGCCUGUCUCAGUCAUAUAUUACCAUGUUCACAAGGGAUCAUUCUCCGUACCGUCUACAAGGCAUGGUCACUCGACGUUAGCAUCUUUCCCUGCGUUUCCUAUGCUUAGUGCGAAUGAUUUGCCGUCUUUCCUCUGCGAAUCUUCUUCUUACCCGAAUAUGCUCAGGAUUGUGGUCGAACAGCUUUCAAACAUUGACCGAGUCGACAUACUGUUGUGUAACACUUUCGAUAACUUGGAAGAACAGCUAUUGAAAUGGGUUAGAAGCUUGUGGCCAGUCUUGAACAUAGGACCAAUGGUUCCAUCGAUGUAUUUAGACAAGCGACUGUCUGAAGAUAAAAGCUACGGAUUCAGUCUCUUCACUGCAAAAUCUGUUGAAUGCAUUGAGUGGCUAAAUUCAAAGAAGCCUAACUCAGUUGUCUAUGUAUCUUUUGGAAGCUUUGUGAUUCUAAAGGAAGAUCAAAUGAUGGAGCUCGCAAAAGGUCUGAAACAGAGCGGAUGUUUUUUCUUAUGGGUUGUGAGAGAUACAGAGAAAGACAAGAUUCCAAAACACUAUGUAGAGGAAAUGGGUGAGAAGGGAUUGAUUGUGAGCUGGAGCCCUCAGCUUGAAGUUCUUGCGCAUGAAUCGGUGGGUUGUUUCUUGACACAUUGCGGAUGAACGAUGUUUCGUAUGCAAACACUAUAUAAACGAUGUUUCGUAUGCAAAUUUGCUACUUCCCGCCGCGCCCUUUGAUUUCUCUGUAUUGAGAUUUAACGAUUUUGCUCAA